CUAACGUCUUAUUGACACGAUAGUCAAAUAGUCGCGGCUGUCAUGCUUAGGCACAUCUUUAGAGCCUCCAUCACUUUAACCAGGAGCAGUAGCGUUAAACCGGAAGAGAAGAGACUGACCGCCCAUGACAUCACGCCUCCCCCUCACCAAAAGAGGGUGUACAAACAAGGAGAGUGGCGAAAAAUUUCACCGUUCGAACCCAAAAAUAAAAUCGAAUGGGUGCUUGCCAGACUGGACGACCUGCUAAACUGGGGCCACAGAGGCUCCCUCUGGCCGAUGACCUUUGGUCUGGCGUGCUGUGCGGUCGAAAUGAUGCAUAUCGCAGCCCCCCGUUACGAUAUGGACAGAUAUGGAGUGGUGUUUAGGGCCUCACCAAGACAAACGGACGUCAUAAUAGUAGCCGGCACCGUCACCAACAAAAUGGCGGUGGCCUUCAGGAGGGUCUACGACCAAAUGCCCCAGCCCAAAUGGGUUAUUUCGAUGGGCAGUUGCGCUAAUGGCGGAGGUUAUUAUCAUUACUCUUAUGCGGUCGUAAGAGGUUGCGAUCGAAUCGUCCCCGUAGAUAUUUACGUUCCAGGAUGCCCGCCCACCUGCGAGGCCCUCAUGUACGGGGUGCUAAUGUUGCAAAGGAAGGUGAAAAGGCAAAACUCCAUACAGAUGUGGUACAGGAGCAAUUUCGGAAAAUAGUUGGGUUAUGUAGUAAUAUAUAGUGUGUUCGUCCAGAAA